UUUCAUCAUCGAUGUUGUAUUCUGAGUUUAGUUCAACAUUUGUAUUCGUUGUUCGUUGUAUGAUUAUUUUCGAUUUUCAUCCAUCAAAAAAUGGAAACAGUUGAUUUGCCUUAUUUGGCAGAAUAUUCCAAAAGUGGUCGUGCCAAAUGUAAACGAUGUAAACAAAUAAUCGAUAAAGAUGUUCUUCGUUUGGCUGUAAUGGUUCAAUCACCAUUCUUCGAUGGUCGACAACCGAAUUGGCAUCAUUUUGAUUGUUUCUUUAAUCGUUAUCAUCCUAAAAAUGUUGGUGAGAUCAAAAAUUUUGAAAUUUUGAAAUUUGAUGAUCAAAAAAUGAUUGAAAAAAUGCUGACGAAAGAAGCAACCGUCGAAAUAAAAGGCAACCGAAAACGUAAAGUUGAUGUGAAUGUUUCUCAAGAUUUUUUUGUUGAGUAUUCGAAAUCAAGUCAAUCUCGUUGUAUUGGCUGUCAAGAAAAAAUUGAAAAAAAUGAAAUGCGUAUUGGAAAAAUGGAUCAUGAUAGCGAAGAUGCCAGACGUAUCGGGCCAUUUAAACGUUGGUUUCAUGUUGAUUGUUUUCGAAAUGAUUAUGAUGAACUUGGCUUCAUGUUGCCUGUUGAAUCUUUAAAUGGCUUUGACAAAAUGAAAGCAGCCGAUCAAAAAAAGUUACAAAAGAAAAUUCCAACCCCAAGUAAUGCUGUGAAAAAACAAUCAAAAAUUGAAGACAAUGAAAAGCAAUCAAAAGUCGAAAAUAAUGGUGUUGAAAAAAAAUCUCAAAAUAAUGUAGAAAACAAAUUGAAAAAACAAUCGAAUUUGAUUUAUCACAACUUGGAAAUGGUAAAAAAUUUGACAAAAACACAGAUUAAUUCAUUUUUUGAAGCAAAUGAAGUGGAAGAACAUAAUAUUCCCGAAAAUUUUACACGUCGAAAAGAAUUUCUAGCCGAUGCAUUGGUAUUCGGAUGGCCCGAAAAAUGUGAUAAAUGUGGAGGAUGUUUUAUUUUCAAAGUUUGCCGUUAUGUUUGCCGUGGUCAUUAUGACGAAUGGACUCACUGUACUAAUGAGAUUGAAAAUCCUUCACGAUCUGCUGUUAAAUUUCCUGAUGAUAAAAUACGUGAUCGAUUCGAAUAUAAAUUUGUAAAACGUAAACGUUUAAUUGACGAAAAGUUUAAAAGUGAAUUUCAACAAAAUUUCUUUGAGAAUCAAAUGAAACAGUCGCAAGUUAAAAAUGAAUCAAGUGAUAACGAAGAACAAGAAAAAGGUAUAUUGGCCGGUUUCACCAUUACGUAUUUGGGAAAGGAGAAAUUGAAAUUUGUCAAAGAGAAAAUUGAAAAAUUAGGCGGUAAAUAUAGAAAAGAUAUCAAUCAAACUAUACUCUGUGUCAUUUCGAGUGAAAAUCAUUGGAACAGCUCGCGAAGAACUAAGAACAUCAAAACAAUCGAAGAAUUGAAUAUUCCAGUUGUAACGGACGAUUUUCUUACAAACCUAUCGAAUCCUGCAAAUUCCUUACAAAAAGCAAUGAUAGAUUCAAAAAUAACAUUGUGGAACCUUGAUGAGAAUGAAAUUAAUCAACGUUUGGACAAGUUAAAUUCUCUUAAUAAUAUCAAAUCUGCAUUCAAAUCUGGUUCAGGUAAUAGUCAAUCCAAAAGUCAAAAAAUUGUGAUUAAAGAUGGAAUUGCCGUAUAUCCAGAAACUGAACUCCAGGACAGAGCUCAUGUUUACAAAAAUGGAGACGACAUUUAUAAUGUUGUUCUUAAUUUGGUCGAUCAUAAAACAAAUAAAAAUUCAUACUAUAAAAUGCAAUUGCUUCAAGAUGAUCAAAAUAAUAAAUUAUUUUGGCUUUUCAAAUCAUGGGGACGUAUAGGUACUGACAUUGGCAAAACCAAACUUGACGAUUUUUACGGUCCCGUUGAAGCUGUUGCUGCUUUCAAACAAACUUAUUAUGAACGUACUCGAAAUAAAUGGUCCGAUCGACAUCAGUUUAUUAAACAUACAAAUUCGUAUUAUCCCGUCGAUAUAGAUUAUGGUGGCAAGGAAGACGCAUUAAAAGUGAUAAAAGUAGAAGAAUCGAAAUCAUUAUUGCCUUUACCGGUUAAAGAACUUAUUGCUUUGCUUUUUGACAUUCAGAAUAUGAAACGAACUAUGAUGGAAUUUGAAUUGGAUCUUGAAAAAAUGCCUCUGGGUAAAUUAUCGAAGGAAAGAAUCCUCGAAGCUUGUGCUACAUUGAAAUAUAUAUCCCAUCUACUGGAGCAAAAUCCGAUUCCUCAAAACGAAUUGGUUGGAGCUUGUAACAAAUUCUACAGUUUUGUUCCACAUAAUUUUGGUUUAGAAAAACCACCGUUGAUUAUGUCACAGAAUGUGGUGGCAAAGAAAAACGAAAUGCUCGAAUCAUUGAUGGAAAUGGAAUUGGCUUAUGAAAUCAUUAGCAAUCCGAAUAGCGACAAAAAUGAAGAUGUGAUCGAUUCGAAUUAUAGAAAAUUGAAGGCCGAAAUCGUACCAAUCGAUCGAAAUGAUGAUGAUUUUGAAUUAAUCCAAAAAUAUAUCCAAAAUACUCAUGCAAAAACACAUAAUAUUUAUACAUUGGAUAUAAUCAAUAUUUUCCGUCUAAAUCGAGAAGGCGAGGCCGAACGAUUCGCCAAAUACGCUGAUAAUCCAAAUCGAAUGCUUUUAUGGCAUGGUUCACGUUUAACCAACUUUGCCGGAAUUAUUUCACAAGGUUUGCGAAUCGCGCCUAAAGAAGCUCCUGUGACUGGUUACAUGUUUGGCAAAGGUGUUUAUUUUGCUGAUAGUGUUUCGAAAAGUGCCAAUUAUUGUUACACAUCAUAUGAUAAUUCUAUUGGCUUAUUGGCUUUAAGUGAAGUUGCCAUUGGAAAUAGUAGGGAAUUGGCCCAUGCUGAAUAUGUAACCAAAUUGGCUAACAAAUAUCAAUCGGUCAAAGGUAUUGGACGAUCGUAUCCAAAUCCCGAAGAAAUUAUCAUCACUGAGGAUGGUAUAAAAGUGCCUGUUGGUAAAUUGAUUGAUAAUAAUAAAGCUAAGAAUACUUCAUUGCUUUAUAAUGAAUAUAUUGUCUAUAAUGAAGAACAAAUCAAGAUGAAAUAUUUGGUUCAAGUACAAUUCAAUUAUAAACAUCUUUUCUGAAUUGAUCUCAUCAUCAUCAGAAAUUUUGAAAUAUAUACAUCAUAUAAUAUUGAAACUAUAUUUAAACUAACAAUAAUAUAACCAUUUUUAUUGUUUCAACAUUCGUAUUAUUAUUAUUAAUAUUGUAUAUUCGAAUAAAAAAAUAACAUUUGAUUCAUUCAAACAUCUGUCCAUAUAAUGAAAGACGAAUAAAAAAUGAUUGUGAAGGACA